GUUUGCCCUCUUUUCCCACUCAUUUUCUUCACGUACUUUCUGCUGCAUUUCUUUUUCUUUUUUCUACAUUUAGAGAUACCCUGCUUCAAUUCCUCAUGACCUUUUGAGCUUUCAGCAUUGCGUUGUGUCUGGAUACUAUAACACACGGCAACCUCAUUCUUAACCCUCGAUUAGUCGGUCUCGAUCCAGGACUACAGUCUCAAACAUUUACUUUUCUCCGUUUUCAUCUUCUGCUACUCCCCGUUACAUAUUUGUCUUGAGUUCAAGUAGGAGUACACUGGCUCUGUCGCCACCAUGCCAGCCGACGACCUUCUUCAACACGCGACGAGUUCGCACGACUUUUACGCCCUGCUGGGCGUCGACGCUACAGCCAACGAGUCCGAGCUGCGCCGCUCCUACCGACGCGCGGCACUCAAAUACCAUCCGGACAAGAACGCCGACAACCCGAGCGCCGUGGAAACAUUCCACCUGCUCCAGAUUGCAUACGAUGUGCUCUCAGACGCUGCCGUGCGCGCCGCAUACGACAAUGCGCGCGCGGCGCGAGAACAGCGCAAGCGGCAGCACGAGCUGCUAGAGGGCAAGCGUCGGCAGAUGAAGGAAGACUUGGAGAUGCGCGAGCGAGGCGUCAAGCGGGCCCGAACGUCGACAUGGGGAGGAGUAGGAGGAGGGGGAGACAAUAGCGAAGUAGAUGCCGAAGAGCGCCUGGCAAGAGAGAUUCAGCGAUUAGCAGAAGAUGGCAAACGCCGACGGCGAGAACGCGAGGAAAUGCUACGACGCGAUCGGCUGGAGGAGGAAGAACGCUUGGACCGAGAUGGCGGCGCGGAGACAAAGCAAGACGGUGAACAAUCCAAAGGAGCGGCAAACAAAGGACAAGAUGGACAAGAUGGCCGCAGCGGAGAGGAUGACGACGAUGCCAAGGCAAAAGGCGGAACGGCAGUUCCUGAAAUCGACCGAACGGUCAAAGCGCGCUGGGUGCGACAGGGUCUGGGAGAGACGCUGGACAAGGAACGUCUCGCGCGGUUGUUUUCCCGGUUCGGCGCAGUGGAGAAUACGUUUUUGCUCAAGGAUAAGAAGCAGCGCAUUGGCGGAGGCGGGGCCGUAGCCGGAGCUGGCGCAGGCGCAGGAACAGGUGUAGGAGGGGCAGCAAAUGAAGGGACACAUGGCCGCAAAGUCAUCAUGGCGACGGGCGUGAUAGUGUUUGCGUCUAUUGUCGGCGCACAUGCCGCUGUCGAAGAUGCUCUGAAAUUGCGGCACGACAGUCGAAAUGCAUCGUCCAAGACACAGCCGCAACCGUCAGAAUGGGACGUGUUCGAAUACGUCUACUGGGCAGCAAACAAGCAGCCAGAGGUCCUCUUGUCUUUUGACUUUUCAUCCCAUUCUUCUCGUCCUCAUCCUCCUUCUCAUCCUUCUGCGCCUGCUUCUCCUGCUGCUGCGCCUUCAUCACCCACACCACUUUCGACACACUCUCCUUUUCUUGGAUCCAAUACACAAAACGACCAUUCUCGUCCGUCGACGCCUGGUCCUACUUAUCCCGCUACCCCCGGCUCAACCUCGACCUCAACGUCCACUCCACUUUCUUCUUCCGUCCGUCGGGUUCGCCCUUUUCCCGGCCUGGAUACUCCUACCAAACCUUCCUCCUCCUCUUUUACUGCUUCCUUUUCCCCGUCUGCUGCAUCUUUUUCUCCCGCCGCUGGUCCUGCCGCUACCGGUUCUGCUGCUUCCGUUGGUAGCGGUGGUGGCGGUGGCACCAACGGCAGCAGCAACGGAAACGGCAGCGGCCUGAAACGCGUACCGUCAUUUGCAUCAUUCUCAUCUACAUCUGCAUCUGCGGCGAACACGCCCAACAAACAUAUGCGUAGUGGCGGGGGACAAGGGGCACAGCAGAAUAGUCCGAGCUUGGAAGAAAUCACGCUGAUUCGGCUGAAGAAUGCAGAGAAGAGGCGCUUGGAGGAGGAGAUACGGCGGCGGGAGAGGGAGGAAGAGCUGGAGCUGGAGCGGAGUGAGUAGGAUGGGCGGGUGUAGCGUUUUUGGUGUUAUUUACAGGUAUCUUUUUAUUUAUUUAUCAUUUCUUCUUUCCUUUUUUCCCUUUGUUCUUCUCCUCUUCUCUGGAUUUUUUUUAUUUUGUUUUGUUUUGUUUUUUCCUCCUCUUUUCUCCAUUUUUACUUCCGUUCUUCAAUAUGUCCCCCCCCC